AUGUAAAGCCUUAUUCUUAUGCUAUAUCAAAUAGAAGCCGAAAGUUCUUUCUAGCGCUAUCGAAAUCCUUUGAACGAAUUUCAUAACAAAAGUGAAUCAAAUUCAUUCGAACACAAAUAAGCAGAAUUCCAAAUUCCUAUUGGUUAAUAUAUGUUUUUACCUUCAACACCAAUAUAUCCAAUCUUAGGUGAACAGAAGUAUGAAAUGUUAGAAUAACCAAAUUAUUUUCACAAAAAUAACAAUCAAGUAGAAUUAAAUAAGAAUGAGUAAGAAGUUGAAUACAAGCUAAAUCUAACUACAUUUGGAUGUAAGAAGGCCUGUUAGAUAGAUUGCUUAUUAGUAGAAAGAUAUUUCAAUCAAAAGUAUUGGAUAUUUUAAAAUGCCAAUCAAUAUUAUAAACUAGAUCAAAACAAAAAGAAUAAUGUAGACUGGCUUAAGGAAAGGUUGUAAUAUCGCUAUAAACCUCAGCUUUAUGAGGUAUUUGUGGAAAUGAUAGAUGGAAUUCAUAAUGAAGGACAAUUAUAAAUGAAUGCCAGAAAGGAACCUCUAAAGGUGACAAAUUAGAAGAUAUUCCAAAACUUGGAAAGAUAGAUUUCAAAAGGGCUAAAGUAGGAAAAAACUUUUGAUUCUUUCCUUCUUGAGAUUCAAAAAGUUAUUGCGGAGUUUAUAUUUACUAAAAUAAAUUGA